GAACUGGCCUGCUAUCUCCCGGUGGAGGUGUGCGAGACUUGUCUGGAGGUGUUCGAGUUCGUGUUCAAGUACAAACGGAAGCUGGAUUUGAUACACCGUUUCUCCCGCGCCCUCGCCGAGGUGAAGAACGGAAAUCCGGAAGAAAUGGUGGAGCUGUUCGACAAGGAAAGGAACAGACUACAAAUUCUGUUCAAGGAUUUGGACCUGUGUGACCGGGAGGACGUUGGUGCAGAGGACCUGCUGGCGGAAUUCGACCAGUACGACAUAGCUUCGACGAUUUGCAUCAAGGUAGAAACCGUUGACGAUGAUGCGAUCUGUGAGGAACUGAUGGAUCUUCCUGUGGAUGAGGUCGAGAACAAAACAAUACCGUCUAGCUUUCUGGAAGAAUUCCAAAGGGCGCUGGAAGAUCAACAGAAUGAUGACGACGUUUGUGCUGAGGUUGAUCCUGAUUCGCAGGAAGAGCCUUGUCCGAUAUGGAAGUGUCCAGCGUGAAUGCUAGUCAGAGUGCUGGCAUUGAAGAAGAUAUGAAGUCUGAAUACACGCUGAUCGAAGGCGCCGAAGACGACGAAGAUUACGAAAUGGGGAUGGAUGCUGUUAGAUCAGAUGAUGAUAUGGAUGGACCUCCCACUAGACGACGACAGUUCCGAAUACCAGAGGAGCAGGUGGAAGAGCAACAGUGCAACCUGAAUUGCACUUUCAAAACUACAUUCCCUUCUCAGUUCGAGUUGCAUUUGGCGAGGGCCCAUGCCGAUGCGACGGAUAUACUUUCCUGCCAUCGGGUGGCUUGCGAAGGGGAGCUGUGCGAUUCGGUGGAUCUGCUGAGGCAGCACAAGAACGACGUCCACAGUACGCACAUCUGUAUGGUGUGUGGCAAGAUCACCAAGCACCUGAUUGCGCUGGAGAACCAUCUGCGGAGUCACGAACGCCUACGGGAACCGACGAUCCGGUGUACGAUGUGCGACGAGAUGUUCCGCAGCGAGCUGGAACAGCAACGGCACGCAACCAAAGUUCACGUGGGUCGGUGUCUGUUCGAGUGUCAUGAGUGCGGAUUGGGAUUCAAACAGAAAUUAUUGUUAAGCCAACACUUGCUUACACAUUCCUCAGAGCGCAACUUUGCGUGCGAUCAAUGUGACUUAGCGUUCAAAACUUCCAAUCACCUCAAAAGGCACAUACGGACGGUGCACGCUGAGAUUCGAUACCCUUGCGAGCAUUGCCCCAUGACCUACGGACGGAGGGAUAAACUGCGGAUGCACAUAGAGCGGGUUCACGACAUUCAAACCUACUUUGUGUGCGACAUUUGCUGUACCUCAUUCGAAUCGGACGACAAACUCCAGGAGCACAAAGUUCGCCACGAGAAUGCCCAAGAUCUCGAGUGUGGCAUAUGUUUAAGCACUUAUUCAACACCGGAAGAUUUCAAUGAGCAUCUAUGCAUCACGUAUCAGGACGACUACGUUUGCUGUAAUCGUGACUUUCGGUACCAUUCCUUCUACAAUCGACACAUGUUUUUGGCGCACGGAUUGAGUACUAAUGCACGUGUAAAACCGAAGGCCGGAGUCCUCAUGGGAAAGCAACGUGCUCUAAGGAAACCUGUCGAGCGAUGCACCAAAUGCGACUACGUGUUCCCAACGCGGAAGCUCAAGAAGCAGCACAUGGAAACCUGCGAAGGGCAGGUGGUCAUUUUCGAAAUCGAACCCGUUGCUGACGGAAUCGCCGUACCCGAGACUUAGCCCUUAUAAGAUGAUUUCUCUAUCCAUUUCCUAUAUAGGCAAAAGAACGAUCAAACAAAUUUGUAAUUG